AUGUCUUGUGCGCUCAAUGCAUGUGAUGCUCGUGGUCCCAGGCUUGACCGGCACGAACCUUCUGAUCAGCUGUCCAAACUUGCAACGGUUUUGGCGAUUAUGAACCCAAAUACGACGGAACAUCACCGAGACAUAUCAAAGACGGAAACAUCCACGACAUCGAUGGACAGGAUGAUUAUGGAUGAUCCGCUAUUCUUUGUUCUGCACUGGACCGUUCGAGUGAUUGGAUUCGGAUCUCACUGUACUGCGGCUCGUGAUGCAUCGAUUAGAGCGAAGGCGAGCAGUUAUGCAAUACCCGACGUCACAGAGGAUUGUGUUUGCAAUUGGACAACAGCUGUGCAGCGGCAGACGGCGGCAGUACAAACUGCUCUGGAAACUGAAGAAGUCGAGUUACUCGUCAUACCAGGGCGUCUGUGUCCGAUGACUCUCCGUCUCUUGGAGUACCAGGUUCUCCUAAUGUCUUUCUCAGUGUCACUGUACCUGACUUCGUCGAUUCAUCCCUUUCGCUGGAGCUAUGCCACCUCGAGCGUCUCCACUCGCUUAGGGAUACUAGAAGAUGAUAAGGUGAAGCCCAUCUUGGUUUCAGUCUCUUCACAUUCCGAGGCAACAAACUGCUAUCCGCGGAAAAGAGCAAACGUCCUCACCACUUCAUCACAUACGACACAAAACUCUUCUCACUUUGUCGCCACUGUUGUCCGGGUGAAUACACGAGAAGCUAAGGAACUGUAUCCAGGCUUGAACUCCGCCCGGGAUUCUGCCCGGUCCGCCCUCUGGAACCACACGCCUGGUGAUUUCCCAGCCUCAUGUUGCACGUUUAUUUUUAAAAGCCUAAAACUGCAUUUACCUUUCUACCGCCGACUCGUUAUCCGGAACAGAUCCUUCCAGAUACAGGGUCCCAGCAUUCCUCGUUCUUCAAUGUCCACAACGACCACUAUGGCAGCAUUGCAACACGAGGUCUCCCGAGUUCUUCUCAUUAUUGUACUUGACAGGUCACGGCGUCCCGCACGGGGAUACUCGGAGGUCACGGGAGGAAGUGAAGCCAUAACUGCGAUUGUCACCACGCCUUUGCCUAGAGGAGGGCCACAAAACCCGAUUCAUAUUUUACUCGAUCUUUCUAGUCGCUUAAGCGUCUUUAUGUUUUCUACACGGCGGGACAUCUAUGUCGCGCCCUCAAGUCAAUAA